UGCUCAUUUGAUCUGAGACGCCGAGACAGUAAGCAGCAUGAACAUGUUCUCCUGUUGGACUUCUCCAUCUGACGAUGACGAGCCGCACAGGCGGGUAAACGAACCGGAGAAGAAGGUAAAGAAGAGAAAAUGGUGGCAGAGACACCAGAAGGUGGAGAUGCAGGACGUGGAGGGUGGGGAGGGAAGCGGGGUAAAGGGUGAAGAGAUGGGGCAAGGAGUGGAGCAGAAUGUUUUAGAGGACCAGGCAGACCAAAUACCAAAGAUGGAGAAGCAGGUGGUUCUGGGAAAAACCAAACCUGAGAAGAAAGUAAAGAAGAGAAAAUGGUGGCAGAGACGCCAGAAGGUAGAGAUGCAGGACGUGGAGGGUCAGGAGGGAAGCAGGGUAAAGGGUGAAGAGAUGGGGCAAGGAGUGGGGCAGAAUGUUUUAGAGGACCAGGCAGAACAAAUACCAAAGAUGGAGAAGCAGGUAAAGAAGAGAAAAUGGUGGCAGAGACGCCAGAAGGCAGAGAUGCAGGUGGCCUCACGGGACCUGGUGGAAGAACCAGAGCAGGUCGUCCUAAAGGACCAGAGGAGGGAACCAGUAAACAAGGUGGUUUUGGUUUCUGAGAUUGAGAUGAAGAAGUUAGAGCAGGUGGACCCAGUGGAGCAGGUGGACCCAGUGGAAAAAACAGACCAGGUUGUGAAGAAGGCCAAGAGGCAGGUGGACCCAGUGGAAAAACCAGACCAGGUCAUGAAGAAGGUAGAGAGGCAGAUGGCCCCGCUGAACCUGGUUGAAGAACCAGAGCAGGUCAUCCUAAUAAACCAGUGGAAGGAACAUGUAAAAAAUAGGGUUCGUUUCAUAGAGAAUGAGAUAAAGAAGGCCGAGAGGCAGGUGGACCCAGUGGAAAAACCAGACCAGGUCGUGAAGAAGGCCGAGAGGCAGGUGGACCCAGUGGAAAAACCAGACCAGGUCGUGAAGAAGGUCGAGAGGCAGGUGGACCCAGUGGAAAAACCAGACCAGGUCGUGAAGACGGUAGAGAGGCAGAUGGCCCCGCUGAACCUGGUGGAAGAACCAGAGCAGGUCAUCCUAAUAAACCAGUGGAAGGAACAUGUAAAAAAUAGGGUUCGUUUCAUAGAGAAUGAGAUAAAGAAGGCCGAGAGGCAGGUGGACCCAGUGGAAAAACCAGACCAGGUCGUGAAGAAGGUCGAGAGGCAGGUGGACCCAGUGGAAAAACCAGACCAGGUCGUGAAGAAGGCCGAGAGGCAGAUGGACCCAGUGGAAAAACCAGACCAGGUCGUGAAGACGGUAGAGAGGCAGAUGGCCCCGCUGAACCUGGUGGAAGAACCAGAGCAGGUCAUCCUAAUAAACCAGUGGAAGGGACAUGUAAAAAAUAGGGUUCGUUUCAUAGAGAAUGAGAUAAAGAAGGCAGAGAGGCAGGUGGACCCAGUGGAAAAACCAGACCAGGUUGUGAAGAAGGUAGAGAGGCAGGUGGACCCAGUGGACACAGUGUUAAAACCAAAGCAGGUAGGAAAGAACCAGAUUGAAAUAAAGAAGCCAAAUUUAGAGGAGAAAAUGGUCCUCAAAAACCUGGAGAGGAUGGAGAACAAAAGGCUGGAGAAGCAGGUGCUUCAGAUGGACCAGAUGACAAAGGUAGAAGAACGAGCGGAUCAGGUAGGUUUGAAGACUAAGGUUAAUAAUCCUGAGGAGCAGGUGGGUCUACAGGACAGGCGGGUGGUUCUUGUGAACCGGGUGAAGGAACCAGACAGGGAUGAAGCACCUGAGCACCAGUGGACAGAACUGGAGGAGCCAGCAGCUUUGGAGCACCAAACAUGGAAAGUGAAGGAGCAGAACCUGGAUAGAGGAUGCACUGAAGAUCCACUGAAGAACAUCUCUGAGGUGUCCUCAAACAAACCGGACCACGAGCAGCUGCAGGACGACGUUCUUGUUUCCCCCAUCGUCGAAGCCCAACCUGGAGAGUCCGGGGCUCUGAUGGAGAGCGCGUGUGAAGAUGAAGGUGUCCCGAUGCCCAAGUCGAGGAGAACCAGCCUGAGAACCAAACGGUUCCAGUUCUUCAACGUCUGAAGCUGAGGUGGUGACGAUCCAGAGAUCAUCCAAUCACACGCCGACUUUUCCAACAUCAAAAUAACAAUAAAGUGCCUUCAUUAA